CGUCCACAGGAGCAUGUCACCCACCGCUCGCUUGAGGGGCUUAUGUCGACCCUUUCAAUGUCCCGCACCAUGAAUUUCACUACAGAGUCACAGAGUCAGCUUUCUGCACAGACACCUUCGGCUUCUGCCUUGCCUGGUUGCGGGGUGCUUCUGACUGACUCGACCCGCUAAAAAGUUCCGGUCGACUCUACCGCAACUGUCCCUCCGACUUCCUCCUCUACUUCCCACUUAAAACACCUCGCGGUACCUGGCGUAUUUCGGCAGAAUCCGCCUCCAGCAAGACAACAUGCCUCCGAAAGCGAGCACUGGAAGAGGUGGAGCGAGAGGAAGAGGCCGAGGCAGAGGCCGUGGCGGCGCAUCCGCUGCUGCUGCUGCUGCUGCUGUUGAGAGCACUCGUCCCGAGCCCACCGCGGCAGCACCGGCAGACGACGCGGGUGAGGACUCGUUGUUCAUGCCAAAGGACGAGCCCAUGCGGGACGCGCCCGCUCCGGAGUCCGCAGAUGUCGCCAUGGCUGACGCCCCAGGCGAUGCCGCCGUCACGACCACCGAAACCGGAAACAAAGAUGUCGCUGCGAGCGCUUCCCAUCCUGAGGACCCUCGCAUCUCCUCCGUUCGCAGUUCAGAAACACCGGCUGCCUCGUCGGGUCCUGGUUCGCCGGCGUCGAACGCGACGCGUGGGAAAAAGGCAGCGGCUCGCUUGCCUACAUUCAAGGGCCGUCGUAGCAAAGAGGAGCGCGAUGCUAUGGAAGCCGAGGCCGCGGCAAAGAGGAGGGAAAGGUUGGCGGAGCAGAGCAAGGCACAAAAGGCUGCUGGGCGGGGUAGAGGCGAUCGCGGAAGAGGCAGAGGCAGAGGCGGUGACCGUGGCGGUCGCGGUGGGAGGGGAGGAUACAUGGGAUCCAGUGGGGAGGGCGGAGGAAUCUUCUCGUCGGGUGUCGUUGUCAGAGACAGCCGAAACAAUAUGCUGCACCGCGGUAAGACAUUUGGUGCUGGUGGCGCGCCGGGAAUCAAGCGUGAGGCCAGAGCCAGGACUACCCAAAGUGCUCAAGGUGAACAGAGCGGAGACGAGGAGGACGGUGGCUACAUCUCGUCGGAUCCUGAAGAAGCGACGCUUGGCCCGAGGAAAGACGUCGACACAAUUAAUCUCAUAAGCGAUGACGAAGAGGAGAUCGAAGAGGCCGGACCCUCCACGAAGCGCAGGGAAAGAUACAACGCUGCCGACCUUGCACCCGUCCGCAUACAAAGGAAAGAGCACGAGAACCGCGCUGUAGGAAUCACAGGUGAGGGACCAGGAGCGACCAAAAUCAAAACGGAGGAAGACAUUUCCUCUCCGCGCAAAGGCAAGGGUAAGGCAAAGGACGUCGAAGUCAUUGCGUCCAAAGACACCUGGAAGGGCGCUUGGGGCUGGGGCGAAGAUUCAGACGGAACCAUCAGAAUCAAAGACGAACCCACCGACGAGCCGAUGACCGUCCCAUCCGACAUUGCCACCGUUGCCGGCGACUCCGCCGUCAAAGAUCCGCCUUCUUCACCCGAUCUCUCACGCAAGACCAAAUUCAAGCCUAAACCACGGCGCAAGCCACGCUUCCGCGCGCCGACCGCCCUCGUCACCGAAGAAGAUCGCCUCGAGGAAGAACGUCACAAUCAGAACAUGGACGUGCUGCGCGACGAGCUGGGCGAAGUGGUGCUCACUCCCCACCAGAAGCAACAAGCCACCGGUGCUCCUGGCGACGCCACAGCAGCAACGACCGACACAGAAGGCGACACGCCGAUGAAGGACGAAGCCGCGCAGCAGCAAUCUCAACUGCAAGACAAGAAAGAAGACCGCGUCUACCUCUUCCAGCUCCCGCCCAUCAUCCCCUCUCUGCACAUCGACGAAAACAGCGUUAAAAAGGAGCCCUCCUCACCCACGCAAACCCGCACACAACCCGGAGCGGUCGACCUCACGGGCUCCUCCGCGCCCGCCACCGCCGGCAUCGAUCUCACCCAGGAUGUCGAUGCCCCGGCUCAACUGGCCUCGGGCAAGGCAGGCAAGCUGCGCAUCCACGCCAGCGGCCGCGCGACGCUGGACUGGGGCGGGACGAGCCUGGAACUGACCAUGGGCACCGAGGCGCACUUCUUGCAGGACAUCAUCAUCUCGCGACUGCUGAGCGAGGAGGAGCGCGGCCAGUCGAGAAUCGGCGGCGAGGCUAUGGCGUUUGGUCAGGUGAGGGGCAAGUUCGUCGUCACGCCCGACUGGGACGAGAUUGUGGGGUAGUGAGGGAAUGAAGGUGUGAAGGUGUUAAAGGGAGGAGAGAUCGAGAGUGGUGAAAGGAGACUGUUGAGUGUGCGUGGGAGGAAAGAUGCUGGGAGCUGUGUGCAUGACUGGCAUCUUGCUUGCUGGGUGGCUGGGGUGGUGGCUUAUUGGCAUUGCGUGGCGUUUGCGGCUGCAUUUGUUGGCUUGUGGCUGGGCGCUUUUUUAGGUAGGAUGGGUACGGUAGCACGGA